CCUCUUGAGUGAGUGUUGGACCACUAAUUCAACUGCUUGGGUCUGCCUUACUGUUAGAGAUGACACACAAAGUCGUGUGAGAGAUUAAAAAAUCGGGUGGAGAAACUGCGACUAAUUUGCUUACAUACACGGACGGGAGAGGAUGGGAUAUAUACAGGCCCGAGGCUAAAAAUCGGGACCGUGUUUGCGUGAUGACUUCCAGUCAAGCAUCUCUCCGGUCACCGAAGUUCAACGUCAUGGCGAGGGACCGCUGUUUGCUGGUUGGAUCAAUCUAGGGCAGGUGUAUGGGACACAAACCACAAUCCUGGAAACGCCUUGGUGCUGAGUUGGCGAACAGGUGGGAUUUUUUGGCUCUUCAGUGUGAUCAAGGAUAGAUGAAGAUGGACCGGACUGGAGUUCUAAGGACCACUUUCGUGGUAUUGUUGCUCGGCGGUACUAUACUAGCGCAAACGCCCAAAACAAAGCGACCGCCUCCCGUGUUGUCCAACAAAUCUUUCCGCAAUUUGACGGCUCUGCCGCCGCUGCCUGGCGAACUGAACCAGGGCAACGGGGAGACGUCGAUGACCGAGUGGGACAUCCAGAGAACGGUGGACCGGCACAACGAGCAUCGGAAGAACAGUAGGGCAAGCAACAUGCAGUUCAUGACGUGGGAUGCCACCCUGGCCACCAUGGCCCAACGAUGGGCUGAACGCUGCGUCUUCGAGCACGGCUUCGUUGAGAACUUAUCCCCGUACGAGUCGGUUGGACAGAACCUGUGGCUACGGGGUGGCGAUCCGAACAAGCCCAUUUCUGGCGUGGUGGCCACAGACGACUGGCACGACGAGAUUGAUUAUUACUACUACGAGAGCGACACGUGCACCAGUGUGUGCGGGCAUUACACCCAGGUGGUGUGGGCGGAGACUAACAAAGUCGGGUGUGGUCUGGCUUACUGUGGUUACAUCAGCGGUUAUCGAGAUGCCUGGAAUUUCGUCUGUAACUACGGUCCAGCAGGGAACUUCUACGGGGAAAGGCCGUACAAGACGGGCAAUGUGUGUACCCAGUGUCCGACUGCGAGCCCGUUCUGCUUUAACGGACUAUGCCGUCUUUGCAACUUGGAGGAGGCGGGCUGCUCUUGCCCUCUGACGUGUCAGAACUGCGGUGUAUUUAACAAAGACAAGUGUUACUGCGAAUGCCCCGGCGGUUUCUACGGACCGCAAUGUGCUGAUGAGUGUGUCGACACACAUCGGUGGUGCGGCGCAAACCCAGGAUGGCCUAGCCCCGCAUCUUGCUCCUGGGACCCAUCCGUUCCGAAGGGUUGCCCUCUCAUGUGCGGCGUAUGCCAGGCAAGAGACCCGGAAUUCACCUGUGAUCCCAACCAACCCGGACCCGGACCGGCUGACAUUCCCACCCCUGACACCCUCUGCAACACCGCCUUCGAUUCGGUGGCUAUGAUCAACGGUGAACUGAAUGUUAUCAAGGGCAAGAAGUACUGGCGUUUCGACCAGCAAGGCAGACUGACCUCAGAGCCCUCAGGAGAGCUGUUGAAGCAUUACCACUCGCUGGUCAAGAAAGGAGUCAAGGCAUUGUACCAGAUCGGUGCGGAGGGACCAUACCAGAACACCAUCUCCAUGGUACGAGGGAAGAAGAUAUGGCGCUUUGACGGCAAUCGACGACGCCUGAACGGCUGGCCUCGGAAUUUGUAUAACGACAUCGGCAUACGGGAGCGGAUUGCCGCUGCCGUACAUGACGAGCGAUACGGCAUCACUUACUUGAUAGCCGCCAAGACAUCGAACGUGUAUGAAUAUGACGAGAGCGGUGAACAGUUGGUGCAGGACAACCCACUGCAAAUCAAUGCGGUGUUCGGUGGGUUACCAGUGAAGAUAACUGGGGCUUUCCGCAGUGGUGGUUCGUUUUUCUUUCUCCGAGGAAAGAAGGUUUACGAGGUGAACCAAGGCUCUAUGUCAGUGGUGGGAAGUCCCGUGCUUUUCGCUGAACGAUUCCUGGGGUGCUAAAGACAAACAAGAUAUUGGAGGAGGUUUUGAGGAGCUUUGUUGUGUUCAAGAGCUCUAUUUAAGACUGUCACGUGUGUCUCCUAAUUUCUGAUAAUUUGACAAUAAGUAACGGUUUUUAUUAGAUAUAUCGUACACAUUAUGUAGGGUCCAAGUGGAAAUCUAUUCCUCAGUUUUGGGCAAACCAGGUUUGCGGUAUUUAUGUGUGCUGAGUUUAAUUGUUUCAUAUGAUUAACCACGUUAGUAGUAUCUGCUGAUGUAUGCGUUUUUAAUGCCAAAAGGUUGUGAGAUAAAUGGACGUCUCUUAUAUCUUUUAAUUAAUUUUGCUGUAAAAUCUUGCUGAGUUCUGCAUGUGCAGGAAACGUGUCUACGAUGCAACUCAACCUCAUUUUUAGAGUCGACUUCAGCGUCUGUCCGUGUGGUCUCGUGAUGGAGACAUUGACAAUGCAGAGAUUUGGGGCACAACAUACCCCAAAGAAUUCAGUUUAUGCUUAAUAAGGGCGCCUAGAUCGACUUGUGUUCUUCCAUGGGGCUUCUUACCUGGCGUGAAACUUGAGAUUUGAGUUCCGCUGAGGUGAAUGUGUGCAUUCGCCCUUGGUUUUUGUCCAGAAUUUUAAAAAGGCUUGUUUCUGAUUUUAAUUUGUCCGUCGUCCGCGCCAAGUAUUUUUAAAUUUCAAAUUUACUUGUAGUGAGCAAUAACUUUUUUUCUAAGUUUGCGAGAGUUCUGAAAGUGGUUCCAAGUAGAGGAUUUCUUUCAAUAUCAAAUUUCCAAAAUCUAAAAGCCUGCAAUUCACACAGUCAGUCUUUCAAAAAUGGGACAAUUAUAAUUGAAACUUCCGGGAAAUAUUGGGGUAAAAUAGAAGACAAAUUCAAAUUAACAUUUACAUAUACGUAUCAAGCCAGUAGAGGGCGAUAUAGAGAAUUUCAUUCAGUUGUCUAGGACGGUAAAUGAACGUAAAAUCAGAAUUCACACAUCUCUUGAACGUUACUGCAAAGUGAAGCAACAUUUCCAGUUCAUUCUGGAAUAAGCAUCUUGGAACAAUGAUCCAGGAAUCCUUCUGUUGUCAACGUGGUCAGCCAAAAUAUUAUUGUUAAUGAGUAAACGAAAGAAUUGAUGUGGUGUGAAAUGUGUAUA